AUGUUACCGAAAUCAAUAAACCAUUUAGGAUAUCGACCGUUCAUCCUCAACAUUCGAUGUCCAUCAAUCUCUUUAACCUCUCAAAGUAUACUAUGGACCAUAAAUCACUUUGAAUCAAGAUUCGGAAAGAUAUCAUACUGUAAAUUUCCCAAGGAUCCAGAUACAGAAUGGUAUCGAGGAUUUGGAUUUAUACAUUUUAUUGAAACUUCAGCUGCUUUAACAUGUUUAAAAUCUGGACCGAUUCAUGAAAUCUUAAUUCCUUCAAUUCAAUCUCAAUCUCUAAAACAUGGUCAAUUACGUCUUUCAGAUCUUAAGACUAAUGAAUUUCAAGGUGAUUCAGAAAUCAUUAAAUGUCUAGUUGAACAAGGAAAACCAUCAAUUCAUAGUGGAUUGGAACAAAGACCUACAAUUGAUGGGAUUCAUGCUCAAGCUCAUCAAUCUGUCAAUCACGAAGAACUCCAAUCGAUGAUUCAAGCCUUUGGUGGGUUUUAUGGUGAAUUACUACAUAAACGACGUACUAGAAAGUAA